AUGAGUCGUCUCGCCGACCCCUCGUCCCGAAUUACUUUCGCCGGGGUUCCGGACGGCAGGACAAGAAACAUUCCUGUGCUGUCGUCGUCCGGCCACCCAGGCGCGAUGGACAUCACCCCUCCUUCGCCUGCGGGCGCGCAUGGCAGUCCCGACGACCGCGCCAUGAACAAUGGCGAUGGCAAUUCUCUCAAUCCUCCAAACCCGGCCAUCGGCGCUGCAGCUGCAGCUCAGCAACCGAAAGUUGUCCAGACUGCUUUCAUCCACAAGCUGUACAACAUGUUAGAAGACCCCAGCAUCCAGCAUCUCAUCUCGUGGUCGAACACGAACGACAGCUUCGUCAUGUCGCCAACAUCAGAAUUCUCGAAAGUGCUCGCAUCCUACUUCAAGCACACCAAUAUCUCCUCAUUCGUUCGACAGCUGAAUAUGUACGGAUUUCACAAGGUGAGCGAUGUAUUCCACACCGGAUCUCCUGACUCUGCGCUGUGGGAGUUUAAGCACGGCAAUGGGAAUUUCAAGAGAGGCGACCUAGCUGGUCUACGGGAGAUCAAGCGCCGAGCAUCGAGACACGCCCUGAUCCAUCGCGACUCGUUCCCCGGACACAAGGCGGCUGCUUCGCAACCUGGCACACCUGCCGAGCCCGCUCCAGAUGCCACCGAAGCUAGAUUCAUGAACCUCGAGCACACCUUGUUCGACAUGCAUGCUCGUCUGUCCCGGGCGGAGGAGGGCAAUAUGGCGCUAAAUUCGAGAUGUCAGGCUAUGACUGAAAGCCUGACAAAGUGCUAUCAUUGGACGCAUUCUAUUUCACGAUUCCUUCAAGCUGUCGUGCCCGACAGGGAAAGUCCUCUGUAUCGGGACGUCUCGAACAUGCAAAGAGAAGUCGAGAAGCACCUUGAAACCGUUCGCGCCCUCGAUACUCCCCACGAGGGCCUCAUGCCUCCUCGGCAACCAUACUUCGCCAACAUGGCGGAAACCGGUCCACCAUUGUCCCCGCGCCAAAUGCCCCAGGACGACUCCCGUCGCCAGUCCAUGAUGGACCACAACGCUAGACCCAACAGCAUGAUCCGUCCACCCGUUCCCCCGCAUCUCUCAGUAUCCCCUCGCCGCUAUGGCUCAAUUGGCGGGCCUACCUCCGCAUCAACAUACGCUCGGCCACAACCCCCAGUCGCACCGCCGCAACAACCUCAACCCCAUCCUCUCUCGGUCUCCACAUCCCCAGGACCUAGCUUAGCUCGCCGCCAUACCUCUGCGGAUAUACGACAACACGGCUGGCCACCCUCAGCAGGUGUCUCUCCCUAUCCUCCUGGAAACCCUCCCAGUGGACCCUGGCCCCCAUCACCACAUGGAGGCAGUGACCAGCAGGUCCGUGAUGUCCUCGCCCAAUACGAAAUGGGUGCACCACGCCGCCUUCAAGAACAGUCCCGCCAUGCCACUCCACCGACAGCCGAACCAUCCCCAUCCAUGCUUGGUGUUGACAACGGCUGGACGCUCGGAAACUCAAGAUUCCCUCAUGGGUCAUCCCUGCCUGCAACACGCCGUUCCAGCAUGGCAAGCAACGUCCACUCGCUGCUCAAUCCUGCCGAUACCGCUGAAACACCAGACGAGGAUCAGCAGGCCAUGGCCGACGACCGCAAGCGGAAACGAUUGGAAUAA